ACCUAUGUUCGGGCGAGUCACGACUCACUGUUCCCACUUCUUCAGUUGUUGGGAGGACCCCUCCUGGAAACUCUACCCAGCAGCAGCACUGUCUGUACUACAAACCCGCUUUCUCACAGUGAAGGCUCAGAUCAGCCUGAGCUUCAAUCUUCUCAUAGUGACAAUCUGCUCCAGUUUAUUGCCUUCUAUAAUAGCAGUAGAAAAGAAUCAUGGGGGGACUAAAUCGCGGGCGCGUUUUGGAUGAAGAGGAUGACGGUUUCACCUCCUCUCACUGGGUUCCUGUCUCUCAAAGAAAAGCCAGCAGCGGCGAGACGUCCAAGCCGAACGCUGUGAGGCGAGCCUCGAGAACAGAACUAUUCCGGAGAGAUCCCGAACGCGCAGGAGGAGCAGGUCACCGGAACGGUCAGAUUGAAUUUGGUAAAUAUGGCGAGAAUGCAAUCAGAGGUGAUUCGAAAAUGGAGUCCAUUCAAGACCUGGAAGCGGAGGCUUUGGAGAAAAGCCACGUGCUGACGUCAGCGACUGAAGGACUGCUGCGUAUAACGGAGACGACCAAAAGCGUGGCUGGAAAGACCCUGGAGGUCUUGAAGGAUCAGGGCGAGCAGAUUCAAGGAAUCCACGAGAAGGCCCUUGUGGUCGACCAGGAAAUGGAAAAGUCGGAAACGCUCAUUGCCAAGCUUGGUGGGAUCAAGAAGCUCGGUUGGAGGUUCACGCAUGGGCGACGGAUCCAGGGGCCCAGCUCCUCCGGAGAGAGCCAUCGUGGUACCACUGCUCGCUCUGACCACGUUGACCGCGUUGGCCACGAUGACCUGAGAGCAGGUGUAUCUGAAACAGUCAACCGCUCUGCUCUCGGGCUAAGCAGGAGGCCGGGUCAGGGGCAAACUCUAACCAAACCCUUCACUGGACCUGGGAUGCAAGGCUCCACUGCUGGGAGCAAUGCCAAUGUGUUAGGAUCAAGACCCAAGAGGGAAGGACUCUCCGCACUUGAUGUCGUCAAGGAAGAGCAACGUUAUCAAGAUGGCAUUCUUGACCAAGUUAGUGAAUCUCUCGUGACACUGAGGUCAAUGGCUGAACGCAUGGGAACUGAGAUGGACAGUCAUGUGGAGGCGCUAGCGAAAUCCAACACGGAUGUCGACAAGGUGGUAGCUUCUACAAAGGAGGCAAAUCGCCGGCUGGGCAUCCUCAAUAGGAGGGUCUAGUAGUGGAUUUCUGUAAAAAUGAAGUUUAGCCAUGUAGGACGAAUGUAUUUUUGUUGAUGUGAGUUGGUUAUGACAUUUUUUUUCUGUACACCUUAUAGCGUCAUACAGAUUACAUACACCAACUAACCUC